AUGGCAGAUCCAGGAGCCGAGCAUCUAUCCUCAAUAAAACUCGAGUUGCCACUGCAAGUUCUGCAGGUCGAGGGCGGCAAUGUCCCUAUAUACCUCUCCGCAAGCGAGGUGCUUUUGGUAGAUGGCAAAACGCUGUCCGCCGCGUCUCCCGGACGAUUCAAACUUCGGCUUGGUGAUCGCUGGAAGCACCUUGGUGGCAAAGAGGUCAAUCAUCCCUUGACGCGUGAGAAGAUGAGUGUCUACUCAUAUCGCCUCUGCUGGAUCGACGAAGCCUGGACGAUUACAGAUGAAGACAAGAGCGCUUGGGAGCUCCGUGAAGACGCAGUCGUCGCACACAAGCUGCUGUUGAGUCUGCUGUACAGUCAGCCUAUGCAUGAGUUGUUGCAGCGCGUCCCGUAUGCCCAACUCGGAUGUGUGUUGAUCCCGAAGCAAUGCCGUGGAGUGAGUCGACGUUAUGGAAGGAGUUCGUCUGCCCUGCUACUAGAAGCCGAUUUACUAGCUUUCCUAGUUAGGGCUUGCUAG